CCCUCCUCUAUUAGCAUUCUCUCCUCUACCACAGAUGCACGAAGGCUGCAGAAAGGGGAGGGAAAGGCCGAUAGGAACUGGGAGGGAUCAUGUGCGAGUAUGAAUUGGUUCCAAAACCCACUUGAGCAACAACUGUUUAGGAGGAGGAAGACAAAAAGUCCAGGAUUCAAGCCUCACGCAGAGGGGAUAAAGAACUCCUCCAUAUAAGGACUCCAGACCCGCCUUGGAAAGAGCUGGAUUGUUGUAAAGUAUGACCGAGUCCAGUCGUUCUACAAAGACGUAGUCUUGGAUCUGAGAUCUUGAAGGAGUGGCACUGGAGUGUUUGAGAUCGUUUCAGAGGCAGAAAUUUAUCCAGACGCUUGAAAUAAGUUGAAAUAUUGUGAGGAACAAUGUCCGGCAGGGCGAUUCUUCUCUUCCUCUGGUCCCUGUGUCUGGGUCUGGGUUCAGUCCGGAGCCAGAGUUCAUCUCAGGAUUCCCUCAUAAUCCAGUACCUGGAGAGGAGACUGGCUCAGAUGGAGGAGCGUCUGAAUACGUGUGAGCAAAACACACAGAGCGUCACCCAGAAGACCUACGACCUCUCCUCCGAGAUCCGGGGCUAUCUUUCCACGCUCACCGUUCUGAGGUCGGAGGUGCAGAGCCAGAUGGACACCGUGUCUGCGCGCGUGGACCGGAUGGAGAGGGAGCUGGAAUAUCUGGAAAACAAGAUUCCCACUCAGUCGGAUAUCGAGAUGGAGGAGGCUCUUCUGGAGCAGCAGAUCAUGGCCGCAGAGCUGGAGCAGCUGAAGAAGAGGGCCACCAUCAAAGUGGAGAACGAUUGCAGCACAACUCUGAGUCAAAUCAAGUCUCUGAAGAUCGUGAAGAAGGCCGGAGAUCCAUCUGGUUCCUGGUUCAAGGACUCUGCAGGCUCAGCCAAGGUGUACCUGAUGAGUGGGAUUCGUAACGACACUCUGCUGGAGUAUGUGUCCAUAGAAAGCUUCACAGAGAAGGCUUCCACUCCUCCAGCAAAGGUGGUGCGGCUGCCUUUCAACUGGCAGGGGACAGGUCACGUGGUUCACGACGGAUUCCUCUAUUACCACAAGGCAGAGACACCCAACCAAAUACUGAAGGUCGACCUAAUGAACAGCACAGUGGUGGACAGCACACUUCUUCCAGGAGCAGGCCGUCUUCCGGUCUACAGUUUGAAUCCGAACACCUAUCUGGACAUGGCUGUGGACGAACUCGGCCUAUGGGUCAUACACGCUGACGCAGAGUACGCAGGAAACCUGGUCAUCACCAAACUGGAUAAAGGAUCUUUGGCAGUGGAAUACACCUGGGAUACACAGUGCCGAAGCCGGGACGCUGAAGGAGCCUUCCUGAUCUGUGGCACCCUUUACGUGGUGUACAACACACGCUAUGGCGGGCGCUCCACCGUUCAGUGUCUUUACGACAUCCACGACACCAUACACAGCAACGAGAGUCCGGUGAUGUUCUUCCCAAAGCGCUACACCAGCCACAGCAGCAUCCACUAUCACCCGGGAGAAAAGCAGCUGUACGCCUGGGACGACGGCUACCAGACAAUAUACACCGUGGACACACGCAGGAGUGACCAUGUCAUUCCAGAGUGAUGCUAAUAUUCAUACUCUCCAUCCUGUAUCCUGGGUCAAAGCCUUAAUACCACUUAAACUUUAACCCUUAAUGGAACAACAACAUUGAGAAAUAUAAGAUCACUUCUGUGACCCUUUGCCAGCAAUUGAUGAUGCCUUUGUUAUUGUGAAUGAUUAUAAAAGGAAACAUUAUACUUGCAUUUUGCAGGCAUUGUAGUUUCUCUCAGCAAAAUAAAGAUCAUUUAAGUUUUGUGCACCUUUAAUGAAUUUCAUUUUUGGAGAAAACAAAACAUCAUGAAAGUUCAAACAUUUGAACAGAUUAACAGGUUUUACAUAUAUCAUUUCUUUGAGUUGUGGUUGUCCCUGAAAAUGUGUUAUCUAAGAAGAAGAAGGAAAAAGUCUCAUUAAUGAUUAAACUAAAAGUAAUGGCCCACUCAUGUAUGGCUUGUUGUCUUUUCCACUAGUCAUAUUACUUAGAAACAUCUUAACUUUUCACAUAACAUAAAUACGACAUGCAAAAAUGGCAUUAUGUAUAUAUAUAUAUAUAUA